CGCAGCCAGUGUCAGGCUUGGGCGCCCGUGGCCGCCGCUCCGUGCCACGGGCCACAGUCGCUUUCCCCGCCGAGGCCGAGGCGCCCCGGAGCCAUGGCCCACCUGAACUGCGGGGUCACAAUCGCACUGCUGGGGGUCCUGCUGCUGGGCGCCGCCUUCCUGCCGCUCGGAGUAGAAGCUUCUGAGAUUGCUGUGCCACGUGGAAGCGGCAUUACGGUUGUCAUAAAGCCCGGGACCCCAACUUUGCCAGCAAAACCCUGUUACAUCAUCAUUUCUAGAAAACCUAUGACCAUGUUGUCCAUCAAAUCUGGAGAAACAACAGUCUUUUCCUUUAGCUGCCAGAAUCCAGAGAAUCACUUUGUGGUAGAGAUCCAGAAGAAUGUUGACUGCAUGUCAGGCCCGUGUCCUUUUGGGGAGGUUCGACUUCAACCCUCACCAUCGGAGCUGCCCGCUCUCAACAGGACUUUCAUCUGGGACGUCACCGCUCACAAGAGCAUUGGUCUAGAGCUGCAGUUCUCCAAGCCUCGUCUGAGGCAGAUCGGGCCUGGGGAGAGCUGCCCAGACGGAGUCACGCACUCCAUCAGCGGCCGCAUCGAUGCCACCGAGGUCAGGAUUGGAACCUUCUGCAGCAAUGGCACUGUGUCCCGGAUCAAGAUGCAAGAGGGAGUGAGAAUGGCCUUACACCUGCCGUGGUUCCACCACAGAAACAUCUCUGGCUUCAGCAUCGCAAACCGGUCGUCUAUAAAACGGCUGUGCAUCAUCGAGUCUGUGUUUGAGGGCGAAGGCUCAGCAACCCUGAUGUCUGCCAACUACCCGGAUGGCUUCCCUGAGGACGAGCUCAUGACAUGGCAGUUUGUCAUUCCCGCGCACCUGCGGGCGAGCGUCUCCUUCCUCAACUUCAACAAUUCCAACUGUGAAAAGAAGGAGGAGCGGGUCGAGUACUACAUCCCGGGCUCCACCACCAACCCCGAGGUGUUCAGUCUGAAGGACAAGCAGCCCGGGAACAUGGCCGGGAACUUCAACCUCUCUCUGCAGGGCUGUGACCAAGAUGCCCAAAACCCAGGGGUCCUCCGGCUGCAGUUUCAAGUUUUGGUCCAACACCCACAAAAUGAAAGCAAUAAAACCUACCUGGUUGACUUGAGUAACGAGCGAGCCAUGUCGGUCACCAUUGAGCCGAGGCCCAUCAAACUAAGCCGAAAUUUUGUCCGCGGCUGUUUCGUGUGUCUGGGGCCUUGGUCCUGUAGCACCAACGUCACCCUGACAUCUGGCUCCAAGCACAAGAUCUCUUUCCUGUGUGAUGAUCUGACACGGCUGUGGAUAAAUGCCGAGAAAACCAUAAGCUGCAUGGACCACCGGUACUGCCCCAGGAAGUCCUACUCACUCCAGGUGCCCGGGGACAUCCUCCAGCUGCCUGUGCAGCUGCACGACUUCUCCUGGAAGCUGCUGGUGCCCAAGGACAGUCUCAGCCUGGCGCUGGUGCCGGCCCAGAAGCUGCAGCAGCACACGCACGAGAGGGCCUGCAACACCAGCUUCAGCUACCUCGUGGCCAGCGCCGUCCCCGGCCAGGACCUUUACUUCGGCUCCUUCUGCCCUGGAGGCUCCAUCAAGCAGAUCCAGGUGAAGCAAAACAUGUCGGUGACCAUCCGCACCUUUGCCCCCAACUUCCAACAAGAGGUCUCCAGGCAGGGCCUGACCGUGUCCUUUAUACCACAUUUUAAAGAGGAAAGUGUUUUCACGGUGACCCCGGAUAUGAAAAGCAAGGUCUACCUGAGGACCCCUAACUGGGACCGGGGCCUGCCGUCUCUCGCCUCGGUGUCCUGGAACAUCAGCGUGCCCAGCGACCAGGAGGCCUGCCUGACCUUCUUAAAGGAGCGGACCGGCUUGGUCUGCCAGACGGGGCGUGCGUUCAUGAUCAUCCAGGAGCAGAGGACUCGGGCCGAGGAGAUCUUCAGCCUCGAGGAGGAGGUGCUCCCCAAGCCAAGCUUCCACCGUCACAGUUUCUGGGUCAACAUCUCCAAUUGCAGCCCUGUGAGCGGCAAGCAGCUGGACCUGCUCUUCAGGGUGUCACUUUCCCCAAGGACAACGGACCUGACUGUUAUCAUCAUCGCAGUGGUGGUAGGUGGUGCCUUCCUGCUGUUUGCCCUCGGACUCAUCAUUUGCCUUGUGAAAAGGAAGAGGAAAAAGGAGAUAAACAAGGGCCCGGCCAUAGGUAUCUACAAUGGUAACGUCAAUACCCAGAUGCCAAUGCAGCCAAAAAAGUUUCAGAAAAGACGAAAGGACAAUGACUCCCACGUGUAUGCAGUCAUCGAUGACACUAUGGUAUAUGGGCAUCUGCUGCAGGAUUCUAAUGGGUCCUUCCUCCAGCCAGAGGUGGACACCUACCGGCCCUUCCAGGGCCCCACGGGGGACUGCCCUCCCUCCCCGCCCCCCAUAUUCUCCAGGGCCCCGACUGCGAAGUUGACGGCAGAUGAACCAUCCCCUGACUUCUCUCCUGAGUCUGAGAGUGAACCGUACACCUUCUCCCACCCCAACAAAGGGAAUGUAAGCAACGGGAACACGGACAUUCCCUUGCUGGAUGCCCACAAGCCAGCGGAGCUAGGGGAAUAACUUGGACCCAUCCCAAAGACUUUGCAUAAAGCAGGGCACUGAGACACCCUUUAGGGUCCCCAACCAGAAAUCCUAAAGAAGAGGAAUUAUAUGGAAGGACUAACAGAAGGUUUUCCUGGAUGCCACCAAUUUCUGAUUUCCAAGUGGACUCAUUUCGAUGAUGAGACGUUGAAAAUGAUGAACUCUGAUCUGGAUACAAUCAUCACAGUUCAUGUCCAUCUAAACUCAGGUUGAGCUGUAAACCAGCCUGUAAUGAGAGGGGAGUGUGUGAAUCACCCAGGACAGGGUUGCGAUGAGCCCUGGAUUUGGAUUUGGAUUUAGACCUCAUCAGGUCGACAGUUCCAAUCCCUAGGAGGCUGCCGAGGUCCCUGCUCUCACUGGGGUCCCCUGGAUGAAAAUGACAAUGUGCCUUUUUAUUAUUAUUAUUUAUUUGCGGUCCUGUGUAUUUAAGAAGUCGAAUGUACAACCGUACAGCUCUGUUCACCUGACCUAGUGACAACUUAUGCUAACUGUGUGGAUGGCUGGGUUUUGACUUCUAGUGAUGACCACUAGAUAAACAUGUGCUCAUCCCCUGGGAAGUGGGAAGAAUUUGCAUUCUGUGCAGCCAGAAGAGUGUGUGUGUUUGAGCAGCGUUGAUGCAUUGACGCGUAUCUGAUUUGAUAAGAGACUUCUUCGUUCUCUUGCUCUGCAUGUGGUUACCCCACUACAGAAAUUCAUUGAGUCCCAUUGUCCUUUAGUCUUGGAAAUAAGAGAAAUUUCCUUGAAUUGCCAUGUGUGGCUCUCACAGCUGCAACAAUACUUUGGCAUUUAAACAGAAAUUCAGAGAGUAUUUUCAGCCUCUAAAAAUGUUUGAAAAUACACCAGAGAGUGGCCACCUGGAUUCGUUUCCUAUUACUACUGUAACAAAUUACUGCAAACAUGGUGGCUUAAAACCACACAAAUUUCUUAUCUUAUGGUUCUGGAGAUCAGAAGUGCAAAUUGGGUUUCAUAGAGCUAAAAUCAAGGUGUCAGCAGAGCUAUGCUCCUUCUGGAGGCUCGAGGGGAGAAUCCGUUUCCUUGCCUUUUCCAGCUUUUAGAGACUGCUCACAUUCCUUGCCUCCUAUGGCUGGUCAUGCUGUGGCACUGUGACACUGAGCCUCCCGCUUCCCUCUUUCACUUAUAAAGCCCCCCUGGAUAAUCCAGGAUAAUCCCCCAUCUCAAGAUCCUCAAUUUAAUCACACUGAGAAGUCCCUUUUGCCAUGUAAGGUAACAUAUCCACAGGCUCUGGGGAUUAGGACGUGGACAUCUUUGGGGGGCCAUUAUUCUGCAUACCACACCUUCCUGUCACUGCAGGAAAGACUACAAAAUGAUCCAGCCCACAGGUGUGUUUUGUUUAGCCUGCAGAAUCUUUUUUAAGAAUUGAUUACUAAUAUUUAAAUUAUAAAUUUUUUACAUAAAAAUCCAGAUCAGAAGAUCUGGCCAUGCUGGGGUUUACAUUCUCACCUGACAACAACUGGCUGGAGUUGAGAAGCAACUCCACCUUUAGAUGGGGCAUCUGCUCACCAGUUCACCACAGUCCCCACCACUCCCUGUCGCCUCCCACACUGAGGCCAUGUCUGUUGCUAUUGUUCAAUGCCCCUGCACAGUUGCUUUUCUCAUAAUGAAAUGGAAAGUUUGGGACCCAUAUCUCCUAUCAAAUGAGAAGAUAGGCCCUGACGCUGGUGUGUGUUUCAGGAAAGCUUUUUUUUAUACCCCGGCCUUAUUCCUCAUUUAUCCUAGUUACUCCUGUGGGCAUUUGCCUUUGUGGCUCCUGUUCUCUCUGGGAGGAGAAGGAUUGUGUUAUGGCUUGUCAGCACAGGCCAAAGUUCAAUAUUUCUGUGGCAAAACCUCCUUUGAAAAAUAAGUGCACUUCAUUGUCUUCAGUGAAUUCACCUUGGAAACACACCACCUGGACUUGUUCACGUGCUACUUUGCUUCCAUGAAAAGGAGUUUUGCAAUCUCCUAAACGGUGUGUACUCAAGGCCUCUUGAACUCUUUCCAGAAGGAAGUUUGUUGUUGGUUUUUUGUUUUUUUUUAAUUAUGCCCUCGGUGCUGCCUGUGGCACCUUUACUUCUGCGAGGCUGGAUCCUGCCCAGUUGCCCUUGGCCUCUUCACCUGAGAUGCUGGCAAACUCCCUCCAAGAAGGGCCAGAGGAGGGCCGUGGCUUCCCUCCUCAGGUGAAAUUGUAUUGUUAUUUAAAAUCACCAUUGGAGCCCUGGCCCUCCAUUCUCUACCUUCCCCGACCUUCUGGCCUCUUCUGAGGUUCACUCAGUCCAUGCUCUGCGUUCCGCCCGCAGCGUGGCUGGCCGUCUUUGGGCUGGCUGUCACCACACACGUCACUUUUACUUACAAGGGCCCCACUGGCCAUUUUCUUUUAACUGAGAGCUGAAAACUCCAGGCCAAAUUGCUGUCUUCCUGAGACCUCAGGUGGAUUUAAUGUUUUCUGAAGAUAUGCUUCCUUGAAGGGGCCAGCCCAACGUACCUCUGGCUCUUUUCUUUAAAGCCUAGGCCCCGCUUAUGUAAAAUAUUUCAGGGUCACUGGAAACCAGUCAAACACAUUUGUUGAAGCCUGCUGUGUGCCAGCACAGUGCCCCUCCACAGUGGGUCUGCCGUUGCCCAGGCUGCCCUCACGCCCAUCUGCUGUACCUGUGAGGAGGCCUGGCUCAGCCAGGACUGAUCUCUAAUGCUGGGGUCAUUUUGCCUGGGAGGGGAAUGUCUCAAGGAAGAGUCAAGGGGGAAAAGCAUAAGUCCGUGGGACAUAACCUUGGUCAAGGUUAGAGGACUGGUUUGUGUGGAUCUGCAAUGCUUAACUGGAAAUAAUUUAUUUGUUGUAGGUACUUUUUAGAUAGCAUUUGGUUCAUUUCCUACACUUUUUUAAAUAAACAAAUAUACCCAAAA